CUUAGAAUACAAUAUACAUUAUCUGUGAUAUUAAAAAUGUCGUCAGUCCAGUCAACGCCAACAUAACAAAAAUAAUUAUCAAAAUGUCAAUCGCCUUCAAUCAGCUGUCGAUUUUUUACUAAAGAUAAUUUAUUUGAUUUGUUAUUUAUGAACAAAAUGAGCAUUGAUAAAUGAAAAGUGGUUUGUUUUGUGCGUCGGGUUCUAUAAAACGGGCACGGUGGUGUUAGUAUUGGGGAGCGGUCUGUGUGGCGGGCGAUGGCGCUGGUCUGGGAGUGAAGGUGGCGGGCACGGGCAGUGGGAGGCCCAGGCAUGCGGCGGCAUGGCGGGAGAGGCUGCGGGCACGUCGCGCGGCCUCCGCGUCUACAAGAUCGUGGUGCUGGGCGACGGUGGGGUCGGCAAGUCCGCGGUCACUCUCCAGUUUGUCAGCCACAGCUUCUUGGACUACCAUGACCCUACUAUAGAGGACUCGUACCAGCAGCAAGCUGUGAUUGAUGGGGAGCCCGCUCUCUUAGAUAUACUGGAUACAGCUGGCCAAGUGGAGUUCACCGCGAUGAGGGAACAGUACAUGCGCUGCGGCGAGGGUUUCGUGCUCUGCUACUCGGUGACGGACCGGCGGUCGUUCCGCGCCGCGGCCGAGUACCGCCGGCUGCUCGCGCAGGCGAGGCCCUCCGAGCGGCUGCCGCUGGUCCUAGUCGGGAACAAGCUGGAUCUUGCGCCGAGGUUUAGACAAGUAAGCACAGAAGAAGGGAAAGCGCUCGCGACGCAGCUCGGCUGUCCGUUCUUUGAGACGUCAGCAGCACUAAGACACUUCGUCGAUGAUGCCUUUCACGCGCUUGUCAGGGAGAUACGACGGUUGGAAAGACAGAGACAGUCGUCACUUAUGGGUCCGGGUCCGUCGGGCGGCGGCGGCGGGCGGCGGCGGUGGCGACGCCUGCGCAGCAUAUUCGCGCUCGUGUUCCGUCGCCGACGGCGGCACCACACCUCGCCAUAGCUGACUGACCGAGCGCAGUAAGGCUUCACACUAUUCGAACGUGAAACAAUCGAGUAAGUUCAAAUAUGAUGCCAACAUAACAAUGUUAUAUAAUGUUUUUUAAAUUUUGACACCUUUAUGAGCAUAGGACGUAAAUUGUACAGCUAUAAUAUAUUUUUUAGUUUUUGUCAAAUUUUAAUAAUGAACCUAAAAGUGUUCACUGAAUGUAAUAAAAAUAUGGUAAAAAUGUAUAUGCAAUACAGAUUGAAAGUGUUGCAUUGUGCACUAGAUUUUAAUGUAUUUAAUAUUUUUUUUAUUGUUGCCAACAAUAUUAGUAUGUUGAUUCCUAAUGUUUAUUGAUUAGACAAACACAAAAAACGCAACUAAAAGAUGUUACGGUGUAUAUAAUAAGUAUAAAAUGGAGGAAACCGUUAUAUGCCAGUUGUAUGUGAAGCUUUGCUGCGCCGUGCGAUGAGUGUAUGUUUGUAUGUAGGGUAGCCAACAUUUUUAGCCAAAAUAAUGUAUGUUUUGAAAGAGAAAAGAAGUAUUUUAUAUAUAUAUAAAAAAAAGAACUUCUAGAAAUGUAACUUCACAUGUUGGUAUUCAUAUGUUGUUCAAAUAAUAUUAUGCGCUCUACAAUUACAAGCUAAAACGUAGGUUGACAUAAACGACUCGUUUUUAUUGAAAUGACUUUAUAACAAUGUGAUGCCCGUUACGUGGUUCGCAAUAUAAAUAUUUUCACAUAAAUUAAGUAAACAUAUAAAAUAAUCGUGAUGAAAAAUAUAGUAGGAUAGUAAAAAAGUGCGGUUGGCAACCCUAGUUGCUCGUGUCGUGUAUAUGUAGAUAGGUACAUCCUACCUUCCUCUACCUCAAAUUGAUGCUGUUAAAUUAUAUGUUUUAAUUGAUUUAUAUAAACUUAUCCAACGUGGAUACGGUUGUCUGUAAAUAUUGUUAGAAUAUACCCGCGUUUUCAUACAAUAAUUAUGUUUGGAUUGUGAAAUCUUGGUGUCUUGAUCUUUUAAAUAAAUUUAAAAAGUUAUAAUAAGAUUCUAUCGUAUUUAUACUAGUCUAGUUCGGACAGUUUUAAUGAUUUAGUCGUGGGGCUAGCAAUUUAAAAACUAUAUGAAUUCUCUCCGUUGUUUUAAUAUCGUUCACAGGGGGGAGGGGGGGGGGGGGAAGGGAUUGUUAGUAAUGGGGUCUAAUAGCCCCAUUACUGGCAAUAUACCCCCUCUCAGGUUGACCUCAACGCGGUUUCCUCUGGAAACCAUCAUGUUUAAUUCUUGUCGAAUUCAUCAUGGUGGGCCAACUAACCUGCAUUCAUUCUCACCUAUCAUCUUCCACUGGUGCCUCGUCGGUGUAUACCAAUAGCGCGGGCGGGAAAAUCCAUUUUCACAUAUUAAAAAAAAAUCGUUCACAUUGGCUGUGGGUCACGUGGUAUGUUUUUUAAUGUAUAAAAAUGGAUUGGUUACUCCGCCUGCACUAUCGGUAUACACUGGCAGGACACCUGUGAGGAUGAAAGCAAGUCAGUUUGCUCAUCAUGACGAAUUUCACAAGAAUUAACGACGUAGGUUUCCAGGGAGAAUCGCGUGGAGGUCGACCUGAUAGUCUAUAUUGCUAACAAUGGGUCUGUUAGAACCUAUUACUAACACUUCUUUUCACCCCACAUGGCAUGUUACUGUCUUCAUGUUUGAUGGGUGAAAAUAGUAUGGUGACCCCGCCUGCGCUAACGGGAUACGCUGGCGGAGCACCAGUGAAGGGUGAUAGAUGAGAAUGAAAACAGGCCAGUUAGCCCAUCAUGAGGAAUUCAUCAGGAAUUAACCAUGAUAGUUUCCAGGGGAAACCGCGAGGAGGUCGACCUGGUUGGGUAUAUUGCUAGCAAUGGGAUUCUCAGUCUCCAUUACUAACAAUCCCUUUCCCCCCACUGUCUUCAUCUUAGCCCAUAGUACCUAGUCAUUUUAAGACAACUUAUAAAUUCGAUUGAUAAGAAUGAAUGAAUACGUUAGUAAAACUUAUUAGGUUAUUUUGCUGAAACCGACUAAAGUUUUGUUCUUCAGAUACGUUUGGUUACUAAAUUACUAACCGCUCUUACUAAAUUACUAACACAGUCCGAACUAGUCGCCCUGCGAACGAUCAGUCACUGUAUCAUAGUAACCGACGUCUAUCACCAACUUAACUAGGCCUAGAUCAUGUUUCUAUGUAUUUAAUAUCAGACUGAUAUUGUUUAUAACUAUCGUACUGUUAGCUUAGAAGUCAAAUUGGAUUAUAUACAACUCCAAGAUUCUUUAAAUAUUACUGAAUUUAAAUUACAGUGUAUCGUUUCUAUUAAUAUAUGAAUAUUUUUAAAUUUUGGUAGUAAAAAGGCAUUAAUACUGUAUGGAUUUAUUUGUAUUUAGUAGAUUGUUUUUGUAGCUAACAGAAGAGUUUGAUGAUAUUAGAGAGAGAAAAAAAAAACACUUGCACUCUUCCACAAAUUGUCUUUGAAAAUUUGUUUGCAAGUAUUAUUUAUAUGUGUUCAAGUUGAAAGCGGAAUUAUCAGCGUACUAUCAUGGCUGUCUUACAAUGAAAAUAAUAUUUUUUU